GCGGCCGGCGUGAGCCCCAUGGCUGGACCGCGCAGAGCGGAACCCGCGAGGUGAAGCCCCUGGGCCGGCAGCCGGAACGUGUGGCGGGGGCGCCGGCUCCAUGGGCAGCAGCGCACAGCGGCACGAUGAUGGACGUUAACAGCAGCGGCCGCCCGGACCUCUACGGACACCUGCGCUCUUUCCUCCUGCCAGAGGUGGGGCGUGGGCUGCCGGACCUGAGCCCCGACGGCGCCGGCCGGGUCGCGGGCUCCUGGGCUCCGCACCUGCUGCGCGGGGUCCCAGAGGUGACCGCCAGCCCCGUGCCCACCUGGGACGUACCCCCGGACAAUGCUUCCGGCUGCGGGGAGCAGAUCAACUACGGCAGAGUCGAGAAAGUUGUGAUCGGCUCCAUCCUGACGCUCAUCACGCUGCUGACGAUCGCCGGCAACUGCCUGGUAGUGAUCUCGGUGUGCUUCGUCAAGAAGCUCCGCCAGCCCUCCAACUACCUGAUUGUGUCCCUGGCAUUGGCCGACCUCUCGGUGGCCGUGGCGGUCAUGCCCUUCGUCAGCGUCACCGACCUCAUCGGGGGCAAGUGGAUCUUUGGCCAGUUCUUCUGCAACGUCUUCAUCGCCAUGGACGUCAUGUGUUGCACUGCCUCGAUCAUGACCCUGUGCGUGAUCAGCAUCGACAGGUACCUUGGGAUCACGAGGCCACUGACGUAUCCUGUGAGGCAGAAUGGAAAAUGCAUGGCAAAAAUGAUUCUCUCCGUCUGGCUUCUUUCCGCCUCCAUCACUUUACCCCCACUCUUUGGAUGGGCUCAGAAUGUAAAUGACGACAAGGUGUGCCUGAUCAGCCAGGAUUUCGGCUACACGAUUUAUUCCACCGCAGUGGCAUUUUAUAUCCCCAUGUCCGUCAUGCUUUUCAUGUACUACCAGAUUUACAAGGCCGCCAGGAAGAGCGCUGCCAAACACAAGUUCCCUGGCUUCCCACGCCUGCAGGAGCCGGACAGCAUCAUCUCCCUGAACGGCAUGGUGAAGCUCCAGAAGGAGGUGGAGGAGUGUGCCAACCUCUCGAGACUCCUCAAACACGAAAGGAAAAACAUCUCCAUCUUUAAGAGGGAACAGAAAGCGGCCACCACCUUGGGGAUCAUUGUCGGGGCCUUCACCGUGUGCUGGCUGCCGUUUUUCCUCCUCUCCACAGCCAGACCCUUCAUCUGUGGCACUGCCUGCAGCUGUAUCCCGCUGUGGGUGGAGAGGACAUUUCUGUGGCUGGGCUAUGCAAACUCUCUCAUUAACCCUUUUAUAUAUGCCUUCUUCAACCGGGACCUGAGGACCACCUAUCGCAGCCUGCUCCAAUGCCAGUACCGGAAUAUUAACCGGAAGCUCUCGGCUGCAGGCAUGCACGAGGCCCUGAAGCUUGCCGAGAGGCCAGAGAGGCCUGAGCUUGUGCUACAAAACUCUGACUACUGUAGGAAAAAAAGUCAUGAUUCAUGAUCAAAAGCGAAAUCGUGGAGACAACAAAAACAAGACAAGACAGAGGUGGCAACAGAAGGAAAUCAUUUGCUGAAACUAUGGAACGCGGCUUCUGUCCUUUCUUGGGAGGGCUCAGAUGUGACAAGCAGGGUGACCUGUUGUACAAAGUAUAUUAUGAGGGAGAUGGUGACCUUUUUUUCCUGUGGAUCAGUGCUAUUGUGUGCAAUUGAAAAUAGCCCUCCGUUCAAGACAGCCAGAUCAGCUCAGCUGUAAGCAGUCGAACGGGGCUGAAUUCCAGAAAGCACACCGUUUCUGGUGCUUUGCGUAUGUCCAAGUCCAUGCAAGUGGCAGUGAGUUCCAGUGUGCGCUUCCCAUGCUUCCAAGUCUAGGCGUUGUGGUGACUAUCCAGGAAUCAUUCAUGAGGCAGAAUUUCUUUUGUUGUAGGACAGAAGGGUGUUUUUCUAAGCUAACUGCAGUAAGCAUAGUGUUGAAUAUGUUGCAUGUCUGUGUUAGAAAACAGAAUCCCGCCAUCAGCUCAUGCAAAUGAUUUCCCAGAGCAGUGUCUGUUUUAAGCUUCUGUCAAACAGUUUGGCUUUUCUGCAGGGUCCCUGUGACUUUCCCACCAACGUACUUUCUUUGUUAACUCACUUACUGUUAUGGUAUAACUCAGGAACAGAUCUCAGGAUGGAGAGGAUCAUAAAACUGGAAUAAAACUUUUUCUUGGGCUCACACUUCUUCCAAGCAGUCCUGAGACAUGAGAGAGAUGCCUUCCCUGAGGAUUUCUACCAGGAUGAAGCGUGAGUGCCACCUUCCUGCUCUGUAGGCUAAUGUGGGUGUUGGCACUAAAUGGACUCUCAUUACCACCGGGUGCAGUGGGCGCACAGGCUAGCUCAUUACUGUGUGUUUGGGGGAGAAAGUAGGGGAAUAGUGGGGUCUCCAUGAAAGGUGAUAUUUUUGGAGGUGAAGCAUCAGUACGUCAAUUCUUGUUGAGUAGCACUGUGUUCAACUGAAUUGUGUGAACCGGAGGUCACUUGGGCCACUCUUAGUAAACACUCCCGAAUACCAUUCUAUUCCUUCUAGAAGACUCAUUGUUGUGUUCUCUGUAUCUUAAAUCAAACGUGUGCCUGGGCAAUUCUGUUCUCCUCCCCUCUCCCUCCCCAAAGUGGUAGGCAUUAGGGCCGACAAGGAAACAGAAGAGGUCCCUUUGCGGAUAGUUUUUUUUUUUUUUUUUUCAGUUGAACUGUGUAAUGUUAUGAGCUAAGGAGACAGGAAGACAGUAAAUGAGAAAAGAAGAGUACCUCUAAGGGGGAAAAAAAUGAACGCAAACCUUCAUUUGAUAAAAGAGAACUGAAAGAGAAUACUAUUUUCCUACCAUAAAUGUAGCUGUUCCCUCACAGGAUAACGUGGAAUUCCAAUGUGGAUUAUGGAUUUCUUCCAACUUUCGCUGACAUUGCUUCUUAUCCGAUACAGGGAAGGGUCUGCCUUUCCUGAAAGGGGAGGGGGCCUGUCCUUGGAGACAAAGCUUGUACAAAUUCCUGAACCGCAGAUUUGCAAAAGUGACUGUAUAUACUUAUACUCAUAAUUUAAAUGGUUAAUUCUGGUCAGAUAAAUGUUGUUAAAUUUGAAAAUG